AUAUAGGACAGGCAUUCCCACCAGCUGACAUCCCAGCAUGCUUUGCGCGUCGACGUGUAAGGGCAUACUUCCGGAGCGUCACUGAGGGCACAUCAAGAAACAUCCCAAGUAUCAUUUAGACGUGUGGUUGAAGCUCAUAAAGAUGUCUGACACUGUUGAGGAGAAGAUCAAGAACUACAGGACGGCUCCCUUUGACGCCCGGUUCCCCAACACCAACCAGACCCGCAACUGUUUCCAGAACUACCUGGACUUCCACAGGUGCAACAAGGCCCUGUCAGCCAAAGACCAGGAUGUGGCCCCUUGUGAUUGGUACCAGAGGGUUUAUAAGAGCCUCUGUCCCAUGAGCUGGGUUGGCAAAUGGGACGAGCAGAUAGAGAAUGGAAAUUUCCCAGGGAAGAUCUGAAAUCUGGCAGCCGUUAUUGAUCAGGACAGUCCACUGCGGGACAUUCUGUUAUUUGCAGCUUCAACCCUGGUAGUGUGCCUAAGGACAUCUUCAAACAGCUAACACAUCUUCCUCAUCAGUGAUGUAACUGUUGUUGUACUGUUGUUAACUUUAAAUACAAACACACACAACUUUUUACCAUGCAUGUUGAGGUCAGAAGUUUUUCCCCCGUCUCUAUUGUAAACUACUCUUCGUCUUUGUUUAAUCAAUAAACACAGUGCGGAUUUAAUUAAAAGGAUGUUGUUCAUUA